UAGUCUAACUUCACGCUGCACCAAAGACCAAGGUGGGGGGACCCUGGCCCGCAACUCACAUCACCACAGCAACAACGACGCGGUCACAACAAAUACUAUUAACGGCAUUCGUGAAUGUUUGGCGUCACGUACUCUUUUUUUAAUCUUCAACUAACCAGCAGCACGCAACAAUAUUCUCUCGACCAUCGACACGUCGUGAUUUUUCAGCUACUUUUUGUUAUCGCGCCAAUAACAGAGUUAGUUCUGCGCAACAUGGCUGCUUCAGACGAUCUGGUCGAUUUCGACCUGAUCGAGGGGCAAAAGGAAAAUAUCCAGUCUCUACCUGGCGGGCGCUCUGCCAGGAAGCUCGCAGAGUUGUACUCACCCUCACCUCUACACAAGCUCUCGACACCUACGCCCACAGAUACAAAAAAUGUUAACGACUGUAUUCGCGCCGAAUACGAAGCGGAGGUGCAAGCGCUGAGCGAGUCGGACGAUCCUCUCGAUGUGUACGACCGGUAUGUGCGCUGGACUCUGGAUGCGUACCCUUCGGCACAAGCCACUCCUCAGUCACAGCUCCAUACGCUGCUUGAGCGUGCUACCAAGACGUUCAUCACAUCGGCUCAAUACAAGAACGACCCACGCUACCUAAAGUUAUGGCUACACUACAUUCAAUUUUUCUCAGACUCUCCCCGUGAAACGUACGUGUUCCUAUCAAGACAUGCCAUUGGCGAAGGCCUGGCUUUGUUUUAUGAAGAAUUCGCCGCGUGGUUGGAGAGCGCUCAGCGCUGGGGUCAAGCUGAAGAAGUCUACAAGCUGGGUAUUGAGCGCGAAGCUCGGCCUGUUCAACGCCUCUUGAGAAAAUUCAAGGAGUUUGAAGAGCGAGUAUCUCAGAACCCAGAUGCUGACUUAGACCGGCCAUCUUCUCCUGCAUUGCCGCUUGCUCGCCCUGCCCUCGCCGCAAAACUUGAUCCGUUUGGUGGCGCAAGUCCUGUAGAGAAUGAUCCUCAAGCUCCUGCACCACGUGGUGGAGUAGCUGCUGGUUCUUCAAAGCCAGCAAAGUCCAAACUUGCCAUAUUUUCCGACUCUGACGCUAAAACCCCUGCUCUUGGUUCGCGAGGUGAGGACUCCAAGGGAUGGGACUCCAUCGGCUCGCUUGCCGAUCGCAAGAAGGAAAAUACCAUAGAGCCAAAGCCAUGGGCUGGCGAGACGCUCAAGGCUGGUGGCAAGAAGGCUGACGGCCCCAAGAUGAUGGUUUUUAGGGAUACCUCUCUUUCCAAGAUUAAGAAUGUCGUUGUUGUAGUGCCAUCAAAACACCAAGUGACUGUUCACCCGCAAACUGGUAAAAAAGAGUGUAUAGUUGUCGAUCUCGCUGCUAUAUACCCCACGCCCGACGAACAAGGAACCGAACGGGGAUUCGAAGAGAUAAUGGCAGAGAAGAGGGGCUGGUUGGAUUGUUCAUGGGAGGAUGAUACCAUCGAGGAGACCCGCGUGCCCGAGCCGGACUUGAGAAUGGACGAGAUUGAGCAAAUCAGCAGCAAGCUCGUAACCAAGUUGACGGUUCACCGCGACGAGAAUGCCUACGAUGAGAAUGGUGCGGUAAAGCAGACCAUCCAAGACCCCCGCCCAACAAAAAAAAAGAAGGUUAUGGACGUGAACGAAACCCAAAUCAUCAAAGCAAAAUUGGAUUCUCCUUCGGGACCAAAGAUGCGUAAAAAGAACGCCUCGGAGCCAACGAUGACGAUCCAUACCAAAGCCGCUACAGAUGAUAUCUACGACAUUUUCAAUGCGCCUCUGAAGCCAACUGCCGAGGAGGAGAUUGAGAAUGGUUACGAGAGCGAUGACUAUACCACGGAUGCUGAGAGUGUUGAUGCCACGCGGCAGAUUGAAAGCGAAAAUGGUGAUGAGGAGGACAACGAUGUUGAAGGUGAUGAUGAUGCCAAAAGUGCCAGCGAAUGGUCCGAGUUUUCGAUGCACAGACAAGACCAUGAUUUUGUUGAGCCUGCAGCUAGGCUGCAAGAUUCCAUCAUGUCAGACCCAGACCACGAGGCAGACAUUACACCAACCAUUCAUGAUCAUCUCACUGGUCAUAACGAAAACAUUCAUACGCCUGAUUCGCCGCCCAAAAGCAGAACCACCUUUGUUCCUAUCCCACCGGAAGACUACGAUCCGCCCACUCGUCCGUAUAGGGAUCCGGUCGAGAUGGCUAACAAUCGGCUGCCAUUCAUGACACCAAUUACAGAGCGAACCGAGACAGGAUUAGAUGUUGAGGCACGCGCAUAUCAUUACAAAACACCAUGCAAGCGAGAUGCUAAUCAGCUUGUCAGUGAGUAUGAUGAGGACCUCGAGCCUCUUAGCAGUCCUCUGAGAGAGAUUGUUGAAGAAGAGGAGGAAGUGGACGAGGCACCAAUGCCCAAAGUACCUACAACACUUCAGUCUAAGCCCGCGGCACAUGCUGCUCCUAGAAACGUACUAGGAAAUAAGAACGUCUUGGGAAACAAAGUCUUGGGCAAUAAGGCAGCUCUCGGAGCGAAGGUAGUCCCAAAGAAGGGACCAACCAUCAUGGACAAACUCUGCAAUCCGUUGGAUAACAAUGUUCGUGCCGAGAUUAUGGCGAGUACACAGCCACCCAUGAGCUCAUACCGCGGCUUCUAUGAUCACCGCAAGGAAAACUACGAACGCGGUGCUGAAAUCCGCAAGUUUGUCAAGGCUCUCCAGGCCAAGGGACCCAAAGCCGAACGCAAUGGGUCAUUACCAGCGCCUGUAAACAUUGAGCUACCGGAUGUCGAUACGACGUACGGAGUAAGAAGAAUGCUUGGUGAGGGAGCGUUUGCGCCUGUGUAUCUUGUCGAGAACACAAAUCCCGAAGGUGGUGAGAAUGACGAAAAUGCUGCAGUCAUGGGACGUGGUGCAUUUUCUGUCAACCAGCGAAGUCACUACGAGGCGCUCAAGAUGGAGGCUCCUCCUACAGCAUGGGAAUUCUACAUGAUGAGGCUAGCGCAUUCGCGUCUCGGGCAGCACCGUGCGGCAGAGUCGUUGACCUAUGCCCAUGAGAUGCACCUGUACAAGGAUGAAGCGUUUUUGUUUUUACCAUACCAUCCAAACGGAACGCUUCUAGAUGUUAUCAACCACUACCAUGCCGAACCGUCAGGUGUCAUGGACGAGCAGCUUGCCAUGUUCUUUGCUAUUGAGCUGCUGCGCACAAUCGAAACACUGCACUCCAAGGGCGUGAUCCAUGGCGACAUUAAGGCAGAUAACUGUCUGCUGCGUCUUGAUCCGCUAGCGGAUGGCGAGAUCCUGUCAAGUCAGUGGAAAGCCAAUGGCCGCAAUGGUUGGUCAGCGCGUGGCCUGACUUUGAUUGACAUUGGGCGCGGUAUCGACAUGAAGGCGUUUAUCCCCGACGUCGAGUUCUUUGCCGACUGGAAGACAUCGGAGCAGGAUUGUGCAGAGAUGCGCGAGGCGCGCCCCUGGACGUGGCAGAUUGACUACUUUGGCCUGGCCGGCACCAUCCACUGCCUUUUGUUUGGCAAAUACAUUGAAACAAUGCGUGUGGACCAGGGUGGCAUUGGCAAAAGCGGCAGGCGCUACAAGAUUCGCGAGAGUCUAAAACGGUACUGGCAAACGGAGAUUUGGGGACAGUGCUUCGAGGUGUUGUUGAAUCCUGCGGCGCACUGCGAGGCCGAGGAUGGCGGCAAGAUGCCAGUGCUCAAGGGCAUGCGAAGCGUCAGAGAAAGCAUGGAGGCUUGGUUGGAGAAUAACAGCGAACGUGGAGUGGGAUUAAAAGGAGUAAUGAACAAGUUGGAGAAUUGGGCCAAAAUGCGCAAGUAGAAAGGGUUUGGAGUGGUGGAUAAGUGACUGGUGUGGUGUACCUUUAGACUAUAGACUGGGCCGAUGGGCGUACCUUUGUGUUCGUGGGCAUAUAUGAUUUACCUUGUGUACAUAAUUUAUACAUAUGAAAGUUUGAUAUCAUUCUGUUUUCUUCGUCAUUCUUAUACAAUCUGGUGAUGAUACAUUGAUGCUACGCCCCUCAUCAAAUACAAUGCUUUUCUUUUUCGGACAACUCAACUCCUCGCUUCCCAAAUAUGCUCGCCACACAACUCCUCCUCUAUGCACUCUUCUUCUUAACAAAGCCAGCUAGUGACCCUUGCUUCUUGCCGUCCUUGCUCGCCUUCUUAUCAACCUGGCUCUGGAUCUUGGCCCGCUCACCUUCGCCUCUGGCGUACAACUCUGCUUCAAGCUUCUUGAACUCGUCGCCUUCGGCAUCCAUGCCCACCAGGCUCUCGAGGAGCUUGAUCUCGUCUGCCCAUACCUGCUUAUCCUCAAUUGUCUUUCCGUUGGCAUCCUUUCUAUCGAUCGGUGUCUCUAGAACCAUCGGAAGCCCUGCAAAGGAUGGCGUGUUCAUGAGAGAGUGGAAUGCUCGAAGACCAAGGAAACCGGUACCAAUGUUGGCGUGUAAGUCUCUGUUGGAUCCAAACG